UGCAAACGGCCGAUAAUGUUUUGCAAUGUCCUUAACCGUGGUGGCCGAUACGACAACGCCAGGAGCUGAGACGCUUCGUACGGAGACUGAGGAAAGAGGCAACAAGAGUGCGGCGAGACAACAUCAGCCGAUUACGCUAAUUUUGCCUACCAGCGGUAAGCUGUUUUUCGAGAAAAAGCAAGAGUUUCAACUGUGCAAACCGCAGCUGCUACCGCUAAAGUCGUUCAGUUUGGAGAAGUUGGAAAGAAUGCACCAAGAAGCGCAACGCCAGUUGCAGGAAACUCGUGCCCGAACCGCUGCCUCCAAGAGUUGUAACAAUUUCUAA